AUGGGUGCCGGAAUACCUUUCAAUAUCGAACUUUGUCAACUUCUGUCGCAAUUCGACUGCGUUGACACUGUUGAACUGUUACUGGAUGGUUUUGUGGUGAAUCGAUCGAAGGAAGAGUUCACCGACAAACAGAUCGAUCUACUCAACAAAGGUCUAAACUACGCGGUGUCGAGGAAACCAAGGAUGGACCAGAUAAUCAUCGAUGUAGAGACGGCUAUUAGGUCCAGUAAGCUGUCCACGGCCCAGAAGGAUUGCGCCAGAGCCGAAGUGGCAGAUGUCUUGAGAAAGGGCAUCAAUGGGAAAUCCAACGUCAAGGAAAUCCAGAUAGCGAAAGAACUUAGGAGAAAGGAGGUGUUCUACGUCAAGGCGGACAAAGGAAAUUCGGUGGUCAUCAUGGACAAAACGGAUUACAACGGAUUGAUGCAGGCCAAAAUCGAUGAAGGACCGUAUCGAGUUCGAAGAGAGGACCCACUACCGGAGAUGGUUAAGGAGGUGGAAAAAACGCUGAAGGACUGUGGACCGAUCUUAGGGUUUGCGCCGGGCGCCCUGAAAGUGUCUGCCCCAAUCGUCCCUAGAAUCAAAGGUCUACCGAAGAUUCACAAACCAGGGAAUGAGAUGAGGGAGAUCAUUUCGGGAGUGAACGCGCCCACUGAAAAAGUGGCGAAGUGGUUACUGAACGAGUUUAAAAGGAUGCCAAAACCCUUUAAAACGAGAUCGGUGACCAACACCUUAGAGUUCGUGAACAGACUGCAGGCGUCGGGAGGCAUAGAAGAGGACGAGUUCAUGGUUUCCUUUGAUGUUUCAGCUAUGUUUCCAAGUGUUCCCGUUAAAGAAGCUUCUAAUCUGUUAGAAGAUUGGUUGCUUCAACAACACAAUGGGAGCACUUGGAAACUCAAAGAAAUCCUUCAAAGGAAAAUAUUGGGCGGAUGUAAAGGAACCCAUAACUAUCUGGACGAUAUAAUUGUGUUCGGUAGCAGUAAAGUCGAGCAUGAUGCAAAUUUGGAAGACGUUCUUUCCCGCCUUAAACAACAUAAUGUGAACUUAAAUCUGGCAAAAUGUGCAUUCCGGAAGCAGUCCGUAAACUUCUUGGGCUUCACAAUAACGGCAGAGGGAUGGAAGGUGUCUGAUGAAAAACUUAAAGCAAUCGAGGGAUUUCGUCGCCCUAGGACUUUUGGCGAAGUGAAAAGCUUUCUAGGCUUGGUCACGUUCAUGGAUAAAUUCAUCCAAAAUCGAGCGGACUUGACUCGAAGUUUGAGAGCAUUGGCGAACUCUAGCAUUGGCGAAGGAAGACGAGGAAAAAGAGUUUGUUUACCUGCAAAACAGCGCGUUGAAGACGAUCAGAAUGCUUGGAUAUUAUAG